AUGUCUCAAUACGCUUUCCCUGGAGCCAACCCUUCUCACAGACCUCAUCCGACCGGCCCGUCCAUAAAGCCUCGGCCUAGCCGCUGGUAUAUCCCAGUCGUCGCUGCCGUAGGACUUGGCUUCGCCGGCUAUAACUACUACAACGAGGUUAAAUCGCGGCACGAAUUCGCCAUGGCUGAAGAAGAGAAGCGUCUCGCCCGAAACCAAAAACUCAUGGACGCCUACGGCAGCAAAGAUAGCCUGCACGAUGUCCAACAGGCGCUUGAUACGUAUCAUGCUCGAUGA